AUGGAAAGUAAAAAGCGUUCAAAUGGGAGUCCAAAUGGAUUGACGGCGUUAAAUAUCUGUUUCGGUUUCCUCUCUCUCUGCUGGCUACCAAAUCGACUUUCCGAACCCGAAGAUCUCUACUUUACUGAUUUCCCAUUUUCUUCUUCUUUGUCGAACGGAACGCCAUCAAGCGCUGUUCUUGAUCGGAUUUGAGUUUCUGGCGAGUUGCUGGAGGAGGAGGAAAGGUUUGGUGCUGGGGAAGAACAGAUCGCGGCUGGUUUGGAAGAGGAAGCUGAGUUCUGCGCGUCCGAUUUACUCAUCCUAGGGAAUUCAGUCUCGUAGGAGUUAGUUAUGGCCACAAUUGCUGACAUAGGGCUUGCGGCAGCCAUUAACUUGCUAACCGCCUUUGCAUUCCUUGUGGCCUUUGCUGUUCUAAGGCUCCAGCCAGUAAAUGACAGGGUUUAUUUUUCAAAAUGGUAUCUUAAAGGUUCAAGAAGCAGCCCAACCCAUGCUGGAACAUUUGGCCAAAAGUUUGUCAAUUUCAAUUGGAGGUCAUACUUGCGAUUUCUGGAAUGGAUACCUGCCGCUCUCAAGAUGCCUGAACCAGAGCUUAUAGACCAUGCAGGACUUGACUCUGCUGUUUUCUUGCGAAUAUACUUGAUUGGACUUAAAAUCUUUAUUCCCAUUGCAGUCCUGGCAUUUGGUGUUCUUGUGCCUGUAAACUGGACUAGUACUGAACUAGAAGAUUCGAAGAGCUUAGAGUACAGUGACAUUGACAAACUAUCAAUAUCCAAUGUCUCUUCAGGGUCACAGAGGUUUUGGGCCCAUGUGGUUAUGGCAUAUGCCUUUACGUUUUGGACAUGUUAUGUUUUGAAUAAGGAGUAUGACAUUGUUGCAUCAAUGAGGUUACAUUUUCUUGCGUCAGUGAAACGCCGUCCUGAUCAGUUCACUGUCCUUGUUCGUAAUGUGCCACCUGAUCCAGAUGAGUCAGUUGAUGAGCUUGUUGAACAUUUUUUCCUUGUCAAUCAUCGUGAUCACUAUUUAACCCAUCAGGUUGUGUAUAAUGCAAAUACCCUUGCUAAGCUGGUUGAAGAGAAGAAAAAAAUGGUUAACUGGCUAGACUUCUAUCAAUUGAGAUAUGAACGCAAUCCAUCACAAAGGCCUACUUGCAAGACUGGUUUUCUGGGACUGUGGGGUGACAAGGUGGAUGCAAUUGAAUAUUACACAUCUAAGAUCGAUAAGCUCUCUGACAAAGAAGCUGCUGAACGUGAGAAGAUAGUAAAGAUGCCCAAGUUUGUCAUGCCAGCUGCGUUUGUUUCCUUCCGAACACGAUGGGGAGCUGCUGUUUGUGCACAGACACAACAAACUAGAAAUCCCACAUUGUGGUUGACUGAAUGGGCUCCAGAACCACGCGAUGUUUAUUGGCAUAACCUAGCCAUUCCUUUUGUUUCCAUUACAGUCAGACGAUUGAUAGUGGCUGUUGCUUUCUUCUUUCUUAUAUUCUUCUUUACAAUUCCAGUUGCAUUUGUUCAAUCCCUCGCAAAUAUUGAGGGUAUUGAGAAGGUAGCUCCAUUUUUGAAGCCUUUAAUUGAAGUGCCUGUCAUCAAAUCAUUCAUCCAAGGUUUUCUCCCAGGAAUUGCUCUGAAGAUCUUUCUUAUACUUCUGCCAACAAUAUUGAUGAUUAUGUCAAAGUUCGAAGGACUUGUUUCCCUGUCCUCUCUCCAGAGACGCGCUGCAUCUAAAUAUUACCUCUUUCUGAUAGUGAACGUAUUCUUAGUGAGCAUAAUUGCUGGAACAGCGAUGCAACAACUGCGUAGUUUUAUUCAUCAGUCAGCAACUGAAAUCCCAAAGACUAUAGGUGUAUCCAUUCCACAGAAAGCAUCUUUUUUCAUCUCUUUUAUCAUGGCUGAUGGUUGGGCUGGAAUUGCUGGGGAGAUUCUUAGAUUGAAGUCUCUUAUAAUCUUCCACUUGAAGAAUUUCUUUUUGGUAAAGACAGAAAAGGACAGAGAAGAAGCAAUGGAUCCAGGAAGCAUUGAGUUUUCUACAUCUGAGCCUCAGAUACAGCUGUAUUUCUUGCUUGGUCUUGUCUAUUCUGCUGUCACACCUUUCUUACUUCCAUUCAUACUAGUAUUUUUUGCUCUGGCAUAUGUUGUCUUUCGUCAUCAGAUUAUUAAUGUGUAUAACCAAGAAUAUGAGAGUGCAGCAGCAUUUUGGCCAGAUGUUCAUGGACGCAUUAUCACUGCACUGAUCAUAUCUCAACUUCUUCUAUUUGGACUCUUAAGUACAAAGAAAGCUGUUGAUUCAACACCCUUCCUCAUUGCGCUUCCUAUUUUGACUAUAUGGUUUCAUAGAUAUUGCAAGAAUCGUUAUGAACCUGCUUUUGUUAGAUAUCCACUUCAGGAAGCAAUGAUGAAAGAUACAUUAGAACAUGCCCGGGAGCCGAACCUAAACUUAAAAGCAUACUUAUCAAAUGCAUACCUUCACCCCGUGUUCAAAGAUGACGAGGAGAAUGAAGAUAUUUUAGCAUCCGAUGACGAGAAAGACUGUGAUAGCGUACUGGUACCAACUAAGCGCCAGUCUCGCAGGAACACUCCGAUCCCCAGCAAACAUGGCCGAUCAUCGCCACCUUCCGAUGUCGAUGUCCCAUUACGACUAUAGGUUACAAAACUAUCUUUUCCAAUGAAAUAUGUAGAGUAUUUUUAUAAAAUAGUGAUCUGUGCAUAAUCUGUGUGUGUGUAGCAAGUGUUUGUAAUUGCGUUGAAAGAUUGAACCUGGCUAAAAUGUUUCACGAUCUGCUCUUACAA